AUGUCUGAAGCUCAUCCAUGUCCCUCACUGAUGGCUGUUGGCACCAAACUUUGCUCCAAUGACAGUGAGAUUUUUAAAGAUCAUACUCUUUAUAGAAGAACCAUUGGGGUCUUACAAUACUUAACACUCACUAGGCCUGACAUAAGUUUCAUUGUCAACAAGCUCAGUCAGUUCCUUCAAGCCCCUAUUGAACUUCAAUGGCAAGCUUGUAAAAGGGUACUUAGAUAUCUCAAGGGCACUCAAGAUCAUGGUUUACUUUUUAAACUAGUAGCCUUCCUAAGUGUUGAAUGCUAUACUGAUGUUGAUUGGGGUAGUAAUCUUGAUGAUAGAUGGUUUGCAAGUGGUUAUUGUGUAUAUUUAGGACUAAAUCUCAUUCAAUGGAGCUUUAAAAAACAAAAAGUAGUGGCUUUAUCCUCCAUUGAAGCUGAAUCCAGGGCUUUGGCUCAAACAGCCACUGAAAUUGCCUUUUCAGAGCAAGUAUUUGGAGCUAAAAUUAUAUCUUAA